UUUAGGACAGGAGAUUCACAUGUCUACAGCUACUUUUCUAUUGACUUCAUGAAGUACUGGCACUUUCAGAUAGGCCUAUAUGACUUUAUAACCUUUAUGCGUGGACCGCUGAUACAUUAAACUGCUAAUUUUGUGGUGACGCUCUUUAGACACACACAACUUAACUUCAGGCUAGAAAAGAGAUUUGGGGAGUAGAGAGAGAGAGAGAGAGAGAGAGAGAGGGAGAGAGAGGGAGAGAGAGCGUGCUUCUAGGGGAGCAGGGAGGACGCGUGUGGCAAGUCGCAGCUGGUUCGGCUGUGUGCAUGGAUGUAAAGCCUGCGCCUCUCUUUCAGUGAAUGGAAGAUAAUGAAGGGAUAAUUGACGAGGGAGGAUACAGCUGCUGGCGAAACAUAGCCUGGGACACAUUACUGUAUAAUUUCUGCUCGCGGUAUGGACGGGCUGCAGGCAGACAAUGCUGGAGUUGGUGACAUCGGGGGAAACGCGGAGGAAAGGUACCGCGCGCUGGCCUAUGACACUGCUCUGAGCACCUUGGUGGCAGUGGCCGUGUACGUGGUGGUGAAAGUGAGCCUGGACGGCAUCAGGCAGUGGCGGGCCAGGAUCUCGGUGCUCAUCGUGGGUUCGGGACCCGUGGGGCUAACGGCCGCGCUGGUCGCUGUCCGCUCCGGUAAGGUGCUGAAACUGACCGUGCUGGAUGAGAGGUACCGGACUGCCCUGCUCUGCCGGCCCCAGCAGAUCGCCCUGGAUCCCCGCAGUGUGAAGUUUCUGCUGGGACUCGGGGUGGACUUUGAUAACAUGGAGGGCUGCUGGCACAACGAGCAUUUCUUCACCAGGAUAGGAGUGUUUCAGGAGUACCUGCUGAGCAUCCUGGAGCAGAAGAAACAGAAAGUGGACGUCAAGGUGCAGCUGGGAACCAAGUUUACAGAGGAAUACCUGCGGCGGAUCCCGCACAAUGACUGGCCACGUGUGAUCGUGGUGGCUGACGGGUCGUGUGGCGAGUCCUGCUCGGUGCUGGGCAUCAGCUCUGACUACACUGUGGAGUCCUGCCAUGCCUAUGGAGCUAAUGCAACUAUAGAGAGACUAGACCAGAGACAGGUACCCACUCCGGAGAUCCGUGCCCAUAGCCUCUACUUCGACCUGUCCGCUUACGGAGUGGAAGCCCUCCGAGAGCACCGGAAUCCCUCGGCCAAACCUGGCUUCCACCUGAAGAUCUAUGGUACCUUCAGAAACCGCUACAUGGCCCUCGUCUGUCCCGUCUCUGAUACCAAGAUGGUUCGCUUCCUCAGGCACACGGCUAACUCCUCUAUCAUGAAGAACAUUUUCCACCAGUCCUUUAAUGCCUAUAAGACGGACAUAGAGCCCCGUCUCAACGACGUGACGCUCCAUCACAUGCAUUGCAGCCGCCGUCUGUUUGAGAUUCAGUUAUCACACAGACGCAUCAGCGCUGCCUACAUAGAAGGAGACAAUGUGGCAGUCACUGUGGAGGGGGAGGCAGCACGCGUCCUCAACUUUGACACAGGUUGUGGGGUGAAUCUAGGUAUGCAGGGUCUAGAGUCAAUGGCGACGUUUAUUUACCGGACAGCCACCGCUGUGGACCAGAAUGAUAUUCUAGAGGCACUGUCAUUUAAGAUGAGGCACUCCAGACAGGUGGCAGAGACCUUCAAGCAGACAGGCCUGGCUGAAUCAAUGUAUGAAUAAAACAGGAGGAAUACUUGGCAGUACAUAAUGCCACCUAGUGGAAAGUGGUGGUGGAUUAUUUGUGUUUACAAUGAAUGUUUACAGUGAAUCAUGAUGAGUCUGAUGCUGAAAUGGACCACUGAUGGUUAGAUACUGAAUGGAGAUGAAUGAGCUGUGAACAGAUGGAUAAUGGAUGUAAACAUAUGACCAUAAGUUUUUGUGACACACAGUGAGUGGAUCUACCCAUAAUGGAUGGAGCAAGAAUAACCAAAGUCACAUUAAGUACAAUAUUUUCAGUUUGCAAAAUUUGUUACUACAGAAAACUCUAGCAGAAAGAGAUGCAUAAUCUCUUAUGGUUGCAGUGACACAAUACGCAUUGUGUACUAAUGCACCGCACUCUGGAUUUCUCUGUAAAGUUUGAGAAUGUACGGGAAAGAAAUCUAGCCCUAAGAGACUAAGAGUAGUUGGAAUAAAUGAAAAUCUGGUGAUUGUCACCAUUUCCAUGGUGUUCUCCUUUUAUUAGGGAAAGAAUUAACUUGAUUUUCAAAAUCUAGCCAAUUGUUCUCUCUGGACAUUGCAUCAAUGGUGCUAGAUGAUAAAAUGAGACU